AUGGCCCGUCGGUACCGUAACCAGCAGUGCAACCAACCAGGUUUCGGCUCCUCGGACGCAGGCCCCCCUGGAGGCGUCGUGCUCGCCGAUCACUACAUAGUGCGGCGUACCGCGUUGGACGUCGACGCGCUCUACUCGGAGGAAGCCGACAGCCCCUACUACUUCCAGGGCGGUUUCAACGUUGCCGCGAUGGUGGCGAUGGCGGCAGGAUUCGCCGCCGUCAUGCCGGGGUUCUUGCACAAGGUCGGGGUGCUGCCGACAAUGUCCAAGGCACUCGUCGUGGCCUAUGACAACGCCUGGUUCGUCAGUUUCUUCAUCGCCGGCGCCGUCUACUCCCUGCUGCGUCUCCGGAGAGGGGUUGAAGUGAAACGACAGUACAGUCGUGCCACUUCAUACUCCUACUAG